AUGUUGGCUCUCUGCCGUCAGGCGUUCCUGGCCAGCGGGCAAAAGGUUGGAGCAAGAUGUUUCGGUUCUAUCGUACCGGUGCCGAGCUUUCCAGAAUUUCCUCUGCAGAACGAACCUCUGCUAAGUUACAAAAAGGGCAGCAAAGAGCGAGCAGAAUUGGAGAAGGCUCUGGAGAAGAUGUCAGGUGAAUGCGAAGAGGUUCCGCUGGUGAUUGGCGGAGAAGAAAUUAAGAGUGACAUCUGCAAGUACCAAGUCAUGCCACAUAAUCAUAAACACAAAAUUGCCAAGUAUUACUGGGCUACGCCACAGUUAGUACAAAAAGCUAUCGAUGUGGCUGUGAAGGCCCAGCGAGAGUGGGAAAAGGUCCCCUUCGAAAAGCGUCUGGAAAUUUGGCUUCGAGCUGCAGACCUCAUGAAGACGAAAUAUCGACAGCAGCUCAAUGCAGCUACUAUGCUUGGACAAAGCAAAACUGCUAUUCAGGCGGAGAUCGACAGUGCCGCUGAGCUGAUUGAUUUCUUCACAAUGCACGGAUGGUUCGCGAAAGAAGCUAUGAAAUACAAACCGAUUUCGCCAAACUCGAAAGAGACUCUGAACUCCAUGAGAUACCGAGGGAUGGAUGGAUUCGUUGCUGCUGUCUCUCCGUUCAAUUUCACUGCCAUCGGUGGGAAUCUCAGCCACACGCCAGCUUUGAUGGGCAAUUCUGUACUGUGGAAGCCAUCCGAUACUGCCCUACUAUCAAACUGGUGGAUAUUCAAAAUCAGUCGUGAAGCAGGAGUGCCUCCUGGUGUUAUCAACUUUAUCCCCUGCGAAGGUCCUGUCUUCGGAGACACCAUCACUGCCUCACCGUACCUCUCUGGCAUUAACUUCACAGGCUCGGUGCCCACUUUCAAUCGUCUCUGGAAGCAAGUCGGUGAAAACAUUUCGAAGUAUAAGAACUAUCCGAAGCUCAUCGGUGAAUGUGGAGGCAAGAAUUACCACUUCGUUCAUCCAAGUGCUGACCCUGGAAGUGUCGUUAUGGGCACCAUCCGCAGUUCCUUCGAAUUCAAUGGACAGAAGUGCUCGGCUUGCAGUAGGAUGUACGUUCCAGAGUCCCUGUGGAGUGAAAUAAAAUCCGGCCUACUGACGAUCCGGGAUCAACUAAAGGUCGGCGACGUAAAAGACUUCACGGUCUUCACCGGAGCAGUUAUCGACGCAGUGGCAUUUAAGAGGAUCUCCGGUUACAUCGAUCACGCUAAGAGCUCAAAGAACCUGGAGAUCAUCGGUGGCGGUGGCUACGACUCCUCCUGUGGAUACUUCAUCGAACCGACGAUAGUCCAGACGAAGGACCCCAAGGAUAAGAUUAUGACGGAGGAGAUCUUUGGGCCGGUCCUCACGAUCUAUGUAUACAAGGAUAGUGCCCUCGACGAGACGAUGAAGCUCGUGGAGUCCUCCACUCCGUACGCCUUGACCGGGGCCAUCUUCGCCAGGGAUCGGAAAUGGGCGGAGCGGGCUCUGGAGGAAUUCAAGUACACCGCUGGGAACUUCUACGUGAACGACAAGUCCACUGGGUCUGUGGUGGGCCAACAGCCCUUCGGAGGCAGUCGGAUGUCCGGCACCAACGACAAAGCAGGAGGACCCCAAUACGCCCUUAGAUGGGCUUCGCCGCAGUCCAUCAAGGAGAACUUCCUUCCGCUGCGCGAGUUCGACUACGAGUACAUGAAGUCCUAAGGACUCUGUAAUAACCCAUUAGGGACUUAACUCGGUGUCCUGGAUACCGAGUCCAACUAUCUACGAGACAGGCCACGUGUCGUAAAACGCCACGUCGAUAGUCCAAUUGGAUGUACGCUCCGAGCGCUGUUGUCACUUAAAUGCAUUUCAUCGUGCGAAGAAAUGGUAAUGGAAAGAACGGAGAGAGAGCUUUGUCUUAAGGUAGAGAGCGCGAGGCAGUAUUUGUCUAUUAUUUCUUUCCCUACUCGCCAGAUGUCGCGCGCUAGUUCCUUAGAACGAGCGCCAGACAGUUCGCGAGGAGACGAUAGAUGGCCUACGGAGCAGGCUCUCGACUCCUUGGAGCACACGAAUCUCGAUAUGUCGCUAAAUUUUGUGCUUCGGGACGCACCGGAACUACCGUAGAACAAUGUGGGCAAUGAUAUCUUUAACGACAAGUGGGCUCGUAUAUGCGAAACGAUUUAUAUACGCGCCGGGGUGGAGAUUGGUACUGCAGUUACCAAGAUUUCCUAGACAAUAGUAACGUAAACCGUUAAGUUAAGGCUUUGGUACGGGAGAUACCAAGCGCGCGCCUGUUCCUUUGCUUCUGGAAGCGACCGCAAGAGGUCUCGAGGUUCGCUCCGAAGGGCGCCCUCUGGUGACGUUCCACGAUAUCGAUCUCUCUCUUACACGCUGUUUUAAUAGUAUACCCGGUCUCGAUCUAACCGAUGGCCGCGAAGGAUCCGUGAAAUGAUACGUGACGGUAGAACCGUCGAUGUUGAGCGUUAUUCGGUAGUCAGCCAUAGCUGUUCAGCUUUCACGUCUCGCGUGACUGUUCCAAAUAUUCUACGGAGCAGGUAGUUGUGACGACACAGUCGGUAGGCAGUGGCAAAGAAUUCAGAAGUCCCAUUGAAGCCCAGAUCCUAUGGUAGCGCUUGAUGCUCUAAAAGUUGGUUAACACACCGGAAGUGGGGGGAAAAGGGAGAUCGAAUGUUAGCCAACGAUAUCUCACAUAAGGGAGGAAGAGAGAUGCAUGUAGAACGGGAGUAUUGGGGGUAAGAUAAAGAAAGAAUGCAAUUCCAUGUGUAGCGUCAUAUGAUUAAGAGAGAGGUGGUUACAGCGCCGCCAUCCGUUGGCUAACGUACUAUUUGUCGAGCAUCGAACGUCCGUAUCCUGCUGGGCUUCUAUGGAAACUUCCUAAUUCAUUUGGUACUAACAAAGAAUUCAGAAGUCCCAUAGAAGCCCAGAUCCUAUGUUAGCGCUUGAUGCUCUAAAAGUUGGCUAACAAACCAGAAAUAGGGGUAAAAGAGAGGUCGCAUAUUAGCCUACGAUGUCUCACAUACGGGAGAAAGAGAGACGCACGUAGAAAGCCAAGUGUUGGGGGUAAGAUAAAGAAAGAAUGCAAUUCGCUAUACAUCGCCAUAAGAUUAAGAGAGAUGGAGAGGUGAUUACAGCGCCGCCAUCCGUUGGCUGACGUACUAUUUGUCGAGCAUCGAGCGUCCAUAUCCUUCUGAGCUUCUAUGGAAACUUCCAAAUUCAUUUGGUACUACCACAGAAUUCAGAAGUCCCAUAGAAGCCCAGAUCCUAUGUUAGCGCUUGAUGCUCAAAAAGUUGGCUAACAAACCAGAAAUAGGGGUAAAAGAGAGGUCGCAUAUUAGCCUACGAUGUCUCACAUACGGGAGAAAGAGAGACGCACGUAGAAAGCCAAGUGUUGGGGUUAAGGUAAAGAAAGAAUGCAAUUCGCUAUGUAGCGUCAUAAGAUUAAGAGAGAAGUGAUUACAGCGCCGCCAUCCGUUGGCUAACGUACUAUUUGUCGAGCAUCGAGCGUCCGUAUCCUUCUGGGCUUCUCCGGAGACUUCUGAAUUCCUUGACAGUGGUUUCGUCGAAUUUGCAUAAUCAUCGAGUCUUGUCAACUGCCCCGCGACUCCACUUUUAUAAUCGUACUAGAGUCGCCGGUUAACCUGAUUUACGAUGGCGUGUAACUUGUAAAAUUGUGUAUAAAGGGUGCGACCAUUGUGAUGCUCGAGAGUUACCCUGUUAUUUAUGGCCCAACGGUUCAUGAGUGGAUCGCUCUGGAUUUUUAUUAUUAAUGGAAACGCGGAGGAGGAAGCCUCGCCGGUCUUCCUGGCUCGAUAUGGAUCACCGAACCAUUGACGAUACCUUAGAUACCGUGGCUACUGUUACGAUGUAAUUUAUUUUAAUUGUAUUAUAGCAAUAAAAUCGUAAUUCGACAGAA